CACACCCACUAGAGAGGGUCUGUCUCUCUCUCUCUCUCUCUCUCUCUCUCUGUCACACACACACGCAGACCCCAGUCAUCCUCUCUCUAUCUUUACCUCUCGGUCCAACGGAGAUAUAGCAGCCUGAUAGCAGCACACUGAUGCUCAGCUGAGUCAGGGAGACGCCUUUAAAUUGGCCUGAAUAUCAAUGACGGCAAUGCCAAUCCCCCACACUACAGUGGCGACUACAAAUGAUUCGGAUAAGAACGGUUAUGUUGCGGCGGCUCAGGAUGACUACCUCGUCAGGUUGAAGGCCUUGGCUGAGAAACUACAACUAGAGCCAAGGAGGCCGACACACUUUGACGUGAGGGCUCAGCUAGAAACCCUCAGAGCUAAGAGCCUGGAAGCCUCAGUGACUGCUAAAGAAGGGCAACUACAAAAGUCAUCACUGACUGCAAAGCACCAAGGACAAAGGCACCCUGCUGAGAGCCUGAAGGGGUUUGGAAGUAUUGGCGAGGCAUUGGAAUGGCUCAGGAAAGAGCUGAAAGAGAUGCGUGUGCAGGACCAGCAGCUAGCUUGCCAGUUAAUGCGUCUGCACAGUGAUCUCAACAAGCUGAAAAUCGAGCAGACGUGUAACCAGCAUCGUAAGAUGCUAAACGACGCCACGUUCGAACUGGAGGAGCGGGAUGAAAUGCUGGAGCUGCUAUGUGAUGGGCCUGUCGCUUCUGGAUUCAGCCUUUCAGCACCACUCAAACUCCUUGGCAUCACAAAAAUGAACAUCAACUCCCGCCGCUUCUCCCUCUGUUAGCAGCUAUGAAGGAAUCUGGGAAUUACCCUGCAGUUUUAUACUAGAUAAUCCACCAGCAGAUUACCUUUCUGUGCUACCACAAUAUGUCUAAAUUCUACUCUGACCUACUAUUCUUGUGCAGCCUUACUAAAGACACGUUCUUACAGUGUAGGAAAUUACAUUUGUGCUAGCCAUGCCGGUAGGGUGUAGAUUUGUUGCUUGUUUUGUGACUUGGGCCAUGUCCACACCAAUCCAUAUACUUUUUACAAACAUAUCUAGCUUCUUUUUCUGUUUUGAUCUCCAGGGUGGAGGAAUUUACGAAAACUAAAUCUUCAGUGCUUCAGUGCAAUGCAAUAUGAAGUUUGUAGCAUAGAUAAAAGUAUCAAAGUUAACUAUACUCAGAUACCCAACAAACAUAACAUAACCUAAAACUGUUUGCCGUGGUUACAAUGGAUACUGAUACCUCAAAGCAAUGCAAAUGGCGACAGGAGAAGUUGAAAGCAGCACUUCAUCACUUCCUGUUUGUACAAUAAAACUUAAAUUAAACUUAAAUUACAAGACUUUAAAUAUUUUAAUAUUAAAUAUAUUCAGUAUUUUAGUUACAGACAUAUGACCAAAUAUGUCAUAUACACACCUUCCUAAAAUAAUUUCCUACUCAAUAACCCAAGCACAAAAACAUAUGACAAUUUUUAUGGCUAUUAAAAAACAAUAGCAAUGGUUUAAGAGUAUAGUUUAUCAUACAGUCGCGCAGUAGAACUAACCAGUAACAAUCCUAAUUAAUUAAUAUAUUUUUUUAUAUUGAUUGAAAAGACAGAAAACAGUUAACAGCUUCAAAUUGUAGUGCAUGGACUUAAAUGCAGACUGAACUCAGUAAAAAAAACAUUACACACCUAUGCAAUAGGUAUAACCUAUAAGAAGAAGUAAACUUUAUAUUGUAGUAAAAUCUCUUCACUUAACAAUUGCCCUGAAUUGUGGAAAUUAGUUCAGUUAAGGUCGCCAAAAUCAGGGAAACCUAUAAAAAUGGUCACAUUUUGGGUAUUUGGGUAUAAUUUGACUAAUAAAUAUACUUAUAGAAUUGACUAAUUGAUUUAACUGUCACUCUUUUGACAUAGACCAUUACCCUAAAGGUGUAGAAUCGGAUGAACUGAGGGUGCAGAAGAUUUUAACACAUAGCAACAUGAAGAAAUUAUUUAGGCAAUUUUUUUUAGGAACUUGCCGCGUUAUAUACUUUAUGCCUGGCUGCUUCACCAAUGCUUCAUAGUGCAGUUUCUGGCAGCUGACCCCGGAUUAAUACAGUACUAUCACAGGUCAGUGGAACACUUUUUAGCCAAAAAAUGCAACAUGAAUUAACCAGUGCAGGCUUGUUUUCUACUGAUUUAGACUCAGGAAAGAAAGAAAGACUUCUGUUUCUUAAGAUUUUAAAGAUUUAAAAACAAGUGUUGUUUUUGUGUGUAAGAGUGUGUGUAAGAACAGGAUAAAAAGGUUUGUUGUCUGAACAACACACAGUAAGAAAUUCUUUAUUGUUAGAAAUUGGGCUUUAGCUUUUUGCUACAGUAAGCUAGUUAGCUAGCUAGCUUGUUUGUUUUGGUCUUUAAACUUGCUCUUAAAGCAUUUGGCAUCCUACUUUGUGUAGCAUUAGCACCCACUGCAGGGCUGGCAUGAUAUUUCAAGUGUUUUUAGGAUACUGCAGGAGUCAGAGAGAAAAAAAUCAUUUAUUAAAAAUAUUCCAAUGCAUUUGUAUGGCGGCUUAGCAAUCAUACGGGUUAGUUUUACAGGGCAGUGCAGACAUUGGUCAUACAGAGUAUGUGUCUUUUUAUUAACUUAAAAUCAAAUGAUGCCACUAAAGAAUAUAUUUAAAAUAUGAUGUGCUUGUAAUGUAUUAUAGUUACAAAAUUGGGACAGUGGUGUACUCUGUUGGUGGACUGUCUAUUUUAUCUAUUCAGUGCCGUGUUUUCACUCUUUCAACCUUCUAAGGAGACAAGACUCCAUUAACUGUUCCAAAGCACAUUUUGACACUUGCAUUAUUGCAUUUCACUCUUAGUCAGAUUGUAGACCCAGAGAUUUUUUAUUUUUUAUUAUUUUUAUUUUUAUUUUAUUAGCGUUUUUGUAACUCUUUCAUAAAGUUUACUAGUGUGUUUUUUAUUACUAGAAUAGUCAGGAUAUACAAGAAGGCAUUACCCUUUAAAUGUCCCCAUACAUACAGUACCUGUAUCUGUACAUUGUUUAUUUUAGUCUAAUUGCAGAGAAAGAAGUCUAAUUGCAGAGAAAGAUAAGCACAGUGAUAAGAAAAUAUUAUGAUCAUUUAUGGAAUUGUAGAUUGUAGAUUUUUAACCAGUGUUGCCUGUUAGAAUUUUCACAAUGUGCGCUUUUAGACAUGAAAAGAUGUAUCAAUUGUGCGUUAAUUGAAUGAAUGGUUCAGUUGAUAAAUGUUAGGAAAUAUCAAUUGUUAGAGAAUGUCAAGCUUUGUAUUUUGCCUUAUCUGAACUGAAGAGCUGUAUGUUUGUGCCAUUUUAUACUGAACUUAUGAGCGUAUUUGUUCAGCUUCUUCUACAAAUGCCUUAUUUUUCCCAGUGUUUUUGGAGUAUGCCUACACCUGAGGUUUUGUUGUUACCAUUGUUGCCCGAAAUUUUUGUGGGUCUUUUUUUGGCAUUGUACAUUCACAGAAAAGCUGUGUCUUUAAAAUAACUUUAAAGGUAAGCAGCCUAGGUUGGUUGCAGUCAAGGCUUUGGGACACAGCUACUCAUUUAUACAUGUCUGUUACUGUUGUGUGCAAUCCUUGUUUUUUAUUAUAUUUAAGGCCAAAUUGACUGUAAAACUAUAUAUACAGUUUUGAAUUUCCCUUCUUGGAUAUUGUUUUUAUGAAGUCAUAGCUUUUAUUAAGUUAUAUCAGUCUCUUCUGCCACUGAGGCCCGGUGGAUUGGCUCAGAGCCAGUCUGCUGUGUUUGAGCCUGGAUUCUGUGUGCCCAGGCUCGUCAGUUGUAUGAAAAAAAAAAGAAAGAAGGAACUACCUGUGUAAACAGACAGAUUUAGGCCAAAAUCUCAGUUCUUCUUCUUCUUUUUAUGAACACUGUCGCUGUCUUUAUGCUAGCUAUUGUAGUUGUUUUGUUGCAACUGAGAAAACACAGGCUUUCAUUGCCUUUGGACUCUUUUCAAGCUGUGUGAGGUCUUGACCCUAUCUAUUUUUAGCCAAGAACCUGUUCAGCAUCAGUGAUGUGAACUUUGUUUCAUGCUGAUUUAAAAAAAACAGCCUUUCAGUCUACUAGUGCUAGCCAUACAGCUCAUGCAACGUUGUUCAGCAGUGUAAUGAGAAUAGAUUUUGGCUUAAUUGUAACCGUGACAUUAGUAAAUAUCUUGUAAAAACAAA